AAACAUAGGUUUAGUUGUAAAGUGGCACUGUUUCCUAUUCACAGUCAAGUAAGCCGGUUUCAAAGUUAACAAUCACCGAGCACUGAUUUUAUACGGAAUGUAUCUGACACACUACCUGUUUUAGUAUUGCAACGGCGUUAAAUUCGAAAAUAUCACUUGUGCGGUACUUAGCAGCGAUAGUGUUUACAUAUAGGUUGCGCGAAAAUGAAGAAAAAGAUUCACGAUCUAGAUUCGGUUUUGAGUGAAAUUGGUCAAUUUGGUGGAUUUCAAAUUCUUACUUGUGCGUUUUUAUGUAUACCAAUAUUUCUAGCUGCCUUUCGUUCGUUAAGUUACAUCUUUACUGCAAGUAGUGUAGAGCACAGAUGCCAUAUAAAUGAGUGUGACUUAGAUAACAACACCCAUUAUGCAUUUUUACCCUCGUGGCUAAAUAAUAGCAUUCCCUAUGAAAAUGGAAUUCCAGCCAAGUGUUCUCGAUAUAAAUCGCGAGGUUUCACUAGUGAUUUCGAGAAUGACACUAGUCAUGUUUGCAUGGAUGAUCUAUUUGAUCAGUCAACCAUAGAAUCCUGUGACGAAUUUGUAUUCAAGGAUGACAGAAAGACAAUCGCAACGGAGUUCAAUCUACUGUGCUCCCAUAAUGGGUGGAAACUGGCCCUUGUAGGAACACUCAACAGUUUUGGCCAGCUGAUUGGUGUUCCGCUCGGCGGCUAUGUCUCAGAUCGAUAUGGUCGACGCACCACCUUGGCACUGGCUGGAACACUUAGUGCGUUGAUGGGCAUCAUCCGCUCGUUCUCAGUUGAUUAUAUCAUGUUUGCCAUUUUCGAAUCAUUGGAUGCGGCUGUUGGCAUCGUGCUAUUUCCAACUUGUAUGGUGCUUGCAAUGGAAAUGGUUGGACCUGAGAAGCGAGUUUUAGCAUCAAUUAUAUUGACCCUUUUCAUUCCACUCGGCAACGCUUCCAUGGGGGUUGUGGCUAUAUACGUUACUGAUUGGAGAAGCUUAUUAAGGAUUUUGACAAUACCUGGACUGGUGCAUAUAUUUUACUUUUGGUUUAUAAAUGAAAGUGUUCGCUGGCUGCUGGUUCAAAGCAGAUACGAGGAAGCAACAACCGCUCUCAACCGUGCUGCAAAAUUGAAUAAAACCAAUCUAUCGGAAGCAUCGCUCAAGGAUUUGUACGCAGACAAUGAGUUAGUUAAAACUACUUCUAAGCAAUCAUCUUGUGAGUCCUAUCCAAUUCGAGAUAUUUUCAAAUCACCAAAACUUCUCUGGCGGAUCGCAAAUUGCUGCUUUUGUUUCAUAACUAAUACACUAGUGUACUAUGGACUCAGUUUAAACUCAGUAACUUUGGCUGGAGAUAAACAUAUGAAUUUUAUAUUCGCUUGCUUAGUCGAAUUACCAGGAUUUUUAAUAUCCUAUAUCGUGAUGAGUAAGUUGGGGAGGCGACCGUCGCAAAGUGGAUCACUAAUUAUUAGCGGAGUGGCUUGCUUCUUAUCAUGUUUCGCGACUCAAAGACAACCAUGGCUGGCAUUCCUUCUGUUCCUCAUAGGGAAAUUUGCAAUCGGAGUAUCCUUUACAGUUUUAUAUAUUUAUGUUUCGGAACUCUUCCCAACGAAUCUUCGCCAAAGUUUGCUUUCCUUCUGUUCAAUGUUUGGAAGAAUAGGCUCUAUGGUUGCCCCGCAAACGCCAUUAAUUGCACAAUAUGUUCCAUCAUUGCCAUUAAUAUUGUUUGGAACGUUUGCGGUGACAUCAGGUCUUCUAGUGCUGAGGUUCCCUGAAACACUUGACACUAAACUCCCUACAACAAUAGUAGAUGCAGAAAAUGUAGGCGAAAAGAAAUUAGAAAAACCAGACGGGGCCAAUUCUUAAGGAAAGUCAUCAUAAAUAGUUUUCGAUAUAAAAAAUGUUUGUAAUAUCAUAAAGCUUGUACAGUAACAUCAAAAAUUAAGUCUCAUUCAACAAUAUAUUCCCUUAUUGUUUGAUUUCGCGUCGUCAAAAUUA